CUAAUUGUAAAAAAGGGGCGGUGAAAGGAAAGGUGGGCGUAUCAACGACGAUAUCUCUUGCAGCGAAAAAAAUGAAACACGAGUAUUGACAAAAUGGCAGCUGAGACGACGAUGUACAAAAUAAAGCCCAUAUAUGAUGACUAUGUGGUUGUUGAUUUACCUCAGUCUAUGUACAAAAUGAAAGACUUGCAUGAAUUUGAAGAUAAGAGCUGUGACAUGACUCCUGAGAUAAAGGCAUUAAAUGAAAGGCAACUUAAAAUGCUCCAAGAUCUUGAAGGACUAACUAAAGAAGUGAAAUUACUAAGUGAUUCAUUAGGUCAUAAGUAUGGAGAUACAUCAUGCAACACUACUAAGGUAAAUACCAAAAACGAAGUUAUUGCUGCAGAAAGAAUUGUAAAACCUGUUAAACUGCCGCCUGGCGUGAUUGACUUUGUCAUCUCGCAGUCAUUAGAACAGCCGUCGUUAUCACCAGUUUUCAUAGUGGAACUACUGCGGAAGAAUGGAUCUGUCGUAGCUACUCCGACUCAUUUGCAUUCAAGUCUAAAUAAAACUAUUCCACAAUAUCUCUUAGAUGUGACAGGAGGACUGUCUGGUCGAACUAAUGUCACUGUGGAAAAAAUUGUCAUAACCUUCGUUUGGAAAAAUGAUCCUUUUUGUCCCUCUGUGAUGUAUUCUCCUACUCUACAGACACGAAUCACUGGUGAUGCAAACAUUGCUAGAUUUUUGUGCCGGACGUUGUCGCCUCAUCUUUACAACGACGACGACCUAACGACGUGUAUGCUCAUCGAUAACUGGCUUGAACAAUCUGUAAAGGUGUUACAUGCCAGUGCUAAAGAAAAAGAUGCUGUUCUCAAAUCUUUGAAUUCUCAUCUGGGGAAAAACGAUCAUCUGUGUAAUAAUCGUACAACGCUAGCAGACAUUGUGAUGCUGUCCGCCAUUAUUGUCAACAAAAAGUCGUUUUCAACUCUACCGAAAAAUGUAAAAAGUUGGUUUAUUCGUCACGCGCACGAGUUCGGUAGCAUUAUCGAAAAGUUAGAAGUUCCGUCAUCGUGGAAAUAAAUUAGUGUUGAUAUCUACAAAUAAAUUAUAAAUGUAAA